AUGCAAAUCGAGCUGCUUUUGGAGGAUGCGAUUGAGGACGGCGAUGGCGAUGAAGAAGCGCUCGUCGAGCAGAACGACAAGGUACGGCAGGACUUCGAAAACGUAUACUACGCGCUGAAGUCCGAACUGCAGGCCUUCCAGUCGAUUGGAUGCAGUACGUUGAAGAACUCCACGUCGCAAGCACCGGAUGCGCAACCAGGAACCCAGUUUGCGAAGGUAAAACUCCCCGAGAUAAAGCUGCCGUCGUUCUCUGGAAAGAUCCAAGAAUGGGUGCCGUACCGUGACAGCUUCCGGAGUCUCAUACAUGACAGCAAUCUCCUCACGGAAGUGGACAAGUUUACGUACUUGAGGUCUUCGUUGUCCGGUGAUGCGCUGCAGGAAAUAAACUGCAUUGAUUUGUCUGCAGCCAACUACGCGGUGGCCUGGAAGGCGUUGGAGAGCCGAUACGAAAACAAGAAGUUGAUCGUCAAGGCGCACCUCGAUGCACUUUUCGCCGUGGAGGCACUCAAGAAGGAAAGCUACGAGGAGCUCAACCGGUUGAUCAGCGCGUUCGAGAAGAACCUGCAGAUGCUGGAGAAGAUUGGCGAAAAACCUUCGGACUGGAGCACGAUUCUCGCCUAUAUGUCGGAUACCCUACGCCACUGGGAAACCCACCACAACAGCAAGGAAGUUGCACAGUAUCCCGCUGUGUUGGACUUUCUCAAGAGUCACUGCUCCGUUCUGCAGUCGAUCGCUCCAUCAAAGCCUACGGUUCCCAUCCAGCAACGACAAUCUCGCCCAGCGGUAUGCAACACAUCUUUCAAGUCCGCUCUGAAGUGUCAUUUCUGCAGCGAGCCACAACACUCUGUAUUCCAGUGCGCAAGAUUCCAGCGGAUGAGCGUGCCGGAGAGGAUUGAGGCUGUAAAUAGGAACAAGCUCUGCCGGAAUUGUUUGUAUCCUGGACAUUUCGCCAGAACCUGCGAGAAGGGAACUUGUCAUCAAUGCCAUCAGAAGCAUCACACACUGCUGCACUCUGAAGCGCCCAGAUCCUCCGUUCCACCCACGCAGUCAAGACCGUCGACAGUCAAUCCACAACCUAGACAGCCACAAUCCAAGCCGCCAACACCGAACCAACAGACACGGACUGCUAACACUGCAAACACACCAGACUCACACACUCAGCCAGCCACAGAACACGCCACCACAAGCCAAACACAUGUAGGUCUCCCAAUUACACCGACACAAACCAUCAUUCUCUCGACCGCACUAGUCAGUAUUCAAGACCGCUAUGGCAACCCCGUGGUAGCACGAGCUCCGCUCGACUCGUGUUCGCAGCAUUGUCUCAUGACAAGAGGUUUCGCUAGCAAGCUGAAGCUAGACGAAACGCCAGUCUACCUGUCGAUUCAAGGCAUUGGAUCGUCGCAAGCAGUGUCGACAAGGCUGAUUACCGCUGUAGUUGGUCCAAGGUCGCCGAACAUAUCGUCGUUCGUCGAGGAGAUGUCGUUUCAUGUGUUGCCGAAGCUGACUGUGUCACUGCCGACAGUAAGCUUCUGUGUCGCAACGUGGAAUCUUCCGAAUCCCUCGGUGCUAGCGGAUCCCAAGUUCUUCGAGAUAGGACCGAUAGACAUCAUCAUUGGGACAGAAUACUACAUGGAGCUGCUCAAAAACGAACGGCGGAGGGCAACAGACGACGGCCCAACUCUACAAGACACCGUGUUCGGAUGGAUUGUUUCCGGUCCUGUUCCCGAGGGUCUGACUGCUGCAACGUACUCCUUAACCCACGUUUGCUCGACGGCGGAGAUCCAGGAUCAACUUUCCCGUUUCUGGGAAGUAGAGACUUGCCAGUCAACCAGCACGCUGUCGGUUGAAGAAUCGGCCUGCGAGGAGUUUUUUGACAGGACGACAUUUCGGGACGAAGAAGGGAGGUACGUAGUCACACUGCCGAAGAAGGAGCGGGUGAUCCAGCAGCUAGGCGACUCCAGAUCUACAGAAAUCAAGCGCUUUUUGGGAGUAGAACGGCGGCUCGCGAUGAAUCCAGAACUGAAGAAGCAGUACGCGGAGUUCAUGCGCGAAUAUCUGGACAUGGGCCACAUGAAGGAGCUUUCCGGCGAUGAUGCGAGCGCAAAGUCGUAUUACUUGCCUCACCACGCUGUUCUGAAGCCAGACAGCACGACUACGAAGCUGCGUGUCGUUUUCGAUGCCUCCUGCAAGACUUCCAGUGGGAUUUCGCUGAACGAUGCUCUAAUGGUCGGACCCGUUGUGCAGGACAUGAUCGUGGACAUCACACUCCGGUUCCGUACGCACCGAUUCGCCCUCGUAGGAGACGUCGCUAAAAUGUACCGCAUGGUACUGAUGAAUGCAGCCGAUCAGCAGCUGCAAAGGAUCGUUUGGAGAGAUAGCGCUUCAGAGCCGAUCCGUACUUUCGCUCUCACGACAGUCACCUGCGGUACAGCGUCCGCUCCAUACCUUGCAACGAAGUGUCUGCAGCGCCUGGCAGAAGAAGGGGAAAAGUCGCAUCCUGCAGCGGCAAAGGUCCUCAGAAAGGACUUCUACGUCGAUGAUAUGCUGUCCGGCGUAGACGACAUCGAAGAAGGGAAGACACUAGUUGGUCAGAUGGUAGAACUCCUGCAGUCUGCCGGAUUCUCCUUGCGAAAGUGGAAUUCUAACAGCAAAGAGUUGCUGUCAGCGGUGCCGGAGGGUUUGAGAGAUGAGCGCUCGAUUCUGGAGCUAGAUUCGUCUACCGCCGCCGUGAAAACGUUAGGCUUGACAUGGGAGCCUAGCACGGACUGCUUCCGAUUCAGUUCGCCAGCCUGGAAUGAGGCCGCGGAGAUUACGAAGCGUUGCGUCUUGUCUGAUGCGUCUCGACUAUUUGACCCGUUAGGACUGGUGGGUCCGGUAAUCAUCCAGGCGAAGAUCUUCCUUCAAGAUCUCUGGAAGCACGACUGCGAGUGGGAUGAACCGCUUAACUCGCAGCUUCAAGAGCAGUGGCGUGAGUACAGGUGA